GUGGCAAAGUUCUCAGCGAAAUCAUGACCAACACGGAUCUGAAAGCCUUGGAGCUGCUGUUCCAGCGUCCCCUGGAGCCGGUGUUCACCACCCGUGACUCUGGCAAGACUGUCCUGGAACUGCCCGAUAGCUUCUAUACGGAUCGGUAUCGCAAUGAUACUGAGACGGUGGGCAAUCGCUUCUCCAAGGAUGUGGAUCUAAAGAUUCCAGUCCAGGAGCUGGCCAACAUUCCCAACUUGGACUUCACCAAGAAGCUGGGUCCCAAGCAUCAGUUUUCGCUGUUCAAUGAUCGUCAUCGGGAGAUUGCCAGUCAACUUAUUACACUCUUCAUGGGAGCCCCUAAUCUAAGGCAGUUUGUGUCGCUGUCUGUUUAUACCAAGGAUCGAGUGAACCCCGUGCUGUUCCAGUACGCCUAUGCCGUGGCCAUUGCCCAUCGUCCGGAUACACGUGAGGUGCCCAUUACCAAUAUCUCCCAGGUCUUUCCCAGCAACUUUGUGGAGCCCUCUGUCUUCCGGGAUGCCCGUCAGGAGGCCUCUGUGAUUGGAGACAGCGGUGAGCGUGUCCAUGUGGAUAUUCCUCGCAACUACACAGCCUCAGAUCGGGAGGAUGAGCAGCGUUUGGCCUACUUCCGUGAGGAUAUUGGCGUUAAUAGCCAUCAUUGGCACUGGCACUUGGUCUACCCCACCACCGGUCCCAUGGAGGUGGUGAACAAGGAUCGCCGUGGCGAGCUCUUCUACUACAUGCACCACCAGAUCCUGGCCCGCUACAAUGUGGAGCGUUUCUGCAACAACCUGAAGCGUGUCCAGCCGCUGAAUAAUCUGCGAGUGGAGAUCCCCGAGGGCUAUUUCCCCAAGAUCCUGUCCAGCGUUAACAAUCGCACCUAUCCCGCUCGUGUGUCGAAUCAGCUGCUAAGGGAUGUGGACCGUGAGGAUGCCAACAUUGAAAUCUCCGAGGUGGAACGCUGGCGCGAUCGUGUCCUUGCGGCCAUCGAUCAGGGUUAUGUCGAGGAUGCCUCUGGCAACCGCACUCAGUUGGACGAUGUCCGUGGCAUUGAUAUUCUGGGCAACAUGAUCGAGGCCUCGCCGGUUCUCUCCAUCAAUAGCAACUUCUAUGGCAACCUGCACAACCAGGGACAUAAUAUCAUCUCCUUUGCCCACGAUCCCGAUGCCAGGCAUUUGGAGGAAUUCGGCGUGAUGGGCGAUGUGACCACGGCCAUGAGGGAUCCUGUCUUCUACAGGUGGCACGGAUUCAUUGACUCGGUGUUCAACAAGUUCAAGGCCCGCCUGGACCCGUACAAUGCCUCCCAAUUGAACUUUGAUGGCGUCACUGUGGACUACAUUGAGGCCAAGAUUGGCAAGUCCAAUACCAAGGCUAAUACUUUAUUGACCUACUGGCAAAAGUCCAGUGCUGAUUUGGCCGCUGGUCUGGACUUUGGUCCUUCGGCCGAUGGCAAUAUCUUUGCUUCGUUCACCCAUUUGCAGAAUGCUCCCUACACUUAUACCUUCAAUGUGACCAAUAAUGGAGCCAAGAGGACGGGUACCUGCCGCAUCUUCAUCUGUCCCAAGGUGGAUGAGCGCAAUCAGCCUUUGAGGCUGGAGGACCAGCGACUGUUGGCCAUUGAGAUGGACAAGUUCACCGUGGAUUUGGUGCCCGGUGUGAACACUAUUCGCCGCCAGUCCACGGACUCCUCGGUGGCCAUUCCCUUCGAGCGCUCCUUCCGCCCGGUGGGCGCUGACUAUCAACCCAAGGCCGCCGAUGAGCUGGCCCGGUUCCGCUUCUGCGGCUGUGGGUGGCCCCAGCAUCUCCUGCUCCCCAAGGGCAAUGCCCAGGGCAUGCUCUUCGAUCUGUUUGUCAUGAUUUCCGAUUACACCCAGGACUCUGUGCAGCAGCCCAAUACACCCAAUGAUGCCUGCAGCACUGCCUACUCCUUCUGCGGUUUGAAGGACAAGCUGUAUCCUGACAGACGCACCAUGGGCUUCCCCUUCGACAGGCGGCUGCCCAAUGCCAAUCUGACGGAAUUGGUUGGCGCCUUCGGCAACAUGGCCAAGACUGACUUGAGGAUUGUGUUCAACGAUCGCGUGAUUGACAAGGCUUAAAAACCAAUUUGAAUGGCAGAAUGAUGAACCAAUGAAGAACCUGGCUGACUCUAAGGACCAUGAACCGGAAAUUUUAGUACACUUUAGUGCAUUUAUUGUGUUGUCUCAUCGGGGUAAUUUUAUAUUUUAUUUUAUAUUAUUAAAUAUAUCUACUUUU